UGAGUUUAGAUAGAAAAAAAUUGUCAUCGUGUGCCGACGUUGCCUAUACGCCGCGAGCGCGCUGAAUUUUUAAAUAUUGCUGGAUUUUCAAUUAUUAAUACGUUUCCACGAGUGCAUUUCUAAUAUUUGUGUCAGUUAUUUUUUGGUAGGCAGUUCAUACGCAUUGUCUUUCACAUUUAUAUAAUGUUACCAUAAUUAGUGUUAUAGGAGUAUAGUAGUGAGUAAUAUAACCAUUAGUUACCAUAAUUUAUAUCUGGAUGAUACACUCUCAGUAACGCUAUCAAUAUGGCAAGAAUAAGCACACUCCUCGUAAUAUUAUGUCAAAUGGCCACAAUACCAAUAUUGGGCAGCCGUUCUGAAGAUGACAACCCACUUUUAGAUAUGGCAUCUUCGUUCCUACAAAAUAUGGGCAACGGAGGCGGCAAUAACUUGGAAGGAUUGGCGGCUAUAGGUAACAUUAUGGGAACAUUAAUGCAAGGUGACAAUGCCAAGAACAUAGGAGCUAUGUUCGGACAGGAUGGCGGGAACGCUGGCGACGUUUUAUCAGGCCUGGGCAGCUUACUAGGCGGUCAAGAUGGAAAAAUAGAUCCAUCAAUGGUUGGUUCCAUGGUUUCCAUGUUCGCGCAACAGAUGGCGCCAAGUGAGCCGAAACGCCAAAAACGCCAGGCCCAAGAAAACGACUUCAACAUGGAGAGUAUUAUGAGUUUGGCUUCUGGAUUCCUUGGAAACAAAAAUGCUGGGGGAUUCCUACCUCUAAUCAUGAACACAUUAAGUUCACUUUCCGACGACGAAGCUCAGAAACGAGCUGACGGUCACAAGGACCACGCGUCUUUCUUACCGCCGUUUCUAGAAAAGGCCCACUUAUAUUGGGACAUAUUCAUAAACUCAGAACUCGGGAAGACUAUAUGGGAGAAGUCUGGAUUCAAAAGGGCAAUGAAAUCGUUCAUAGGCCCGGAUGGAAAUAUAAGUUUCGAACUGAUGUUCAAGAAUUUUGAGAACCAUUCGUUUAGGCGCCAUUGGAUUAAGGCUGUAGCGAAGUAUUUAACAGAUAUGGUAGUGCACAUCGCCAAACCAGAAGUUUAUCAAAGAUACUUAAUCUCCGGACAAUUCAUAGUCAACAGUUUCCUCGAUGCCCAAGGGGUGCCCAAGAGCGUUCACCUCAACCCUAACCGUCCAGAAGAAUCGAUCACAGUUCUAAUAAACUAUGUACUUAAUAAAUAUUUAGAUAUGGAUACUGACGUGGCGGGCUAUGUGAAACCCGCUGUUGAAUACAUUAAGCAAACGCUCAAAAUGGCUCAACACCAGUCCCAAAACCUCGCGAACCGCGGUGACUACCACAAGCUCGCCGACAGAAUGACGGACACCUUGAACUUAGAAGUGAUUGAGCCAGUACUAAGAGUUUACAGAGCCUACAAGCACGCAAUAGCGGCUCCGCAUUGCCAGGAACAUCUGAUGUGCAUUGUGAAUAGACACCAUGAUCAGGAUAAAUUAGGUCUACCAGGUUUCAAGGCUGGUCUAACGAAACUGAGUAGCCUAGUCGCAUCAGCGGCUCUCAGCUUCCAAAACGGGAAAGGUUUUUGGGACCUGUACAACGCUGUACAGAGCGAUGUUAAUUGCGAGGCUAAAUACCCAGCCGAUUGCUCAGCAUUCCACGAACAUGAGCUUAAAGUGACUACUGAAGUUUACCAUAGUGAAUUAUAAAAUAUAUCUGAGAUAGGUAAUGAUAAUUAAAUUAAAAGUAUUAAGUUUCUGAGAUUAAUUAGUUUCGAAUUAAUGUAAAGAGAUUCCUAAUUAUUACCUAUAUUUCGCUUAAUUAAGAUUUGUAGACUUUAAUAUUAUUAUAUUAUAUAUGAAUACCUGUCAUACGCGUACUUAAUAUGCAGAAACAUAUAAGACUUAUAUAAAUUAUUCUUAUAUAAAUUACCUUUUAAGCGCAGGUACAUUUUGCUCAUUAUUUUUAAUUAAUCCAAUAAUAAUUAAGGUGUGAUGGAAGAUAUCUAAAAUUAGGUUGA